UCAAAACCCGCGUUUUGGGAAAACAGAAAAGGAAAAAAGAUAUCUUUAAACCACUACCCAACAGUCCAACACUCCCUCCCGGAGCUCACAGUUGAGCUUUCUUCUUCUUCUUCUAACUAUUUCAAAGACGGGAUGUCGACGCGCCACUUAUUCCACUCUCACGCGCCGUCUUUUAUAACUCACGCGCGCCCUCCUCCUCUUUCCGAUGUUUCUUCCUGUCAAGCUUUCCCAGCCACAGCCAUUUCUCAAAGACAGAUGGCAUUUGCAAAUUUGUGUUAUAUCAACUUUAAGAGCCAUAGAAGACUGGAGGUUGUUUGUCUUGGUAUGUUGGCACCUCGAAAGUUCAUGCAAAAGAGGAAAAAAAUUGAAUCAUUCAAAGAUUCAGCCGAUGAAGCAGAUCAAAAAAACUGGAGAAAACUGAUGUUGGAAAUUGAUGAGACUGGUUCUGCAGUUCCUGUUCUGAUAAGUCGAAAGGCCUCCAAUGAAUCUCUCCCUAAAGAUCUUGUACUUGGAACUUUGGUUAGGUUGAAGCAGUUAAAGAAAUGGAAUAUUGUUGGCGAGAUUCUUGAAUGGCUACGGACUCAGCAGUGGUGGAACUUCAAUGAGAUGGAUUAUGUGAUGCUCAUCACGGCUUAUGGGAAGCAAGGGAACUUUGUAAAAGCUGAGAACUUAUUCAGCUUCAUUAACAAGAAAGGCUAUGCUCCAAAUGUGGUAUCCUACACUUCUCUUAUGGAGGCAUAUGGAAAAGGAGGUCAAUACAGUAAAGCCGAGUCUGUCUUUCGAAGAAUGCAGACUUCAGGUCCCGAACCCUCUGCUUUGACAUAUCAAAUAAUUCUUAAGAUAUUUGUUGAGGGAAACAAGUUCACAGAAGCUGAACAAAUUUUUGAGAAUUUGACCAAUGGUGAGAAGUCGCCUUUGAAGCCAGAUCAAAAGAUGUUCCAUAUGAUGAUUUACAUGCAUAAGAAGGCUGGAAGCUAUGAGAAGGCUUAUAAACUCUUCUCUUUGAUGGCUGAACGGGGUAUUGAACGGUCCACAGUUACAUUCAAUAGUCUCAUGUCAUUUGAAACCAACUACAAGGAAGUUUCACGUAUUUAUGACCAGAUGCAAAAAGCAGGUCUCAGACCAGACGUUGUUAGUUAUGCUUUACUCAUCCAUGCUUAUGGGAAAGCUAGACGAGAAGAGGAAGCUUUAGCAGUUUUUGAAGAAAUGUUGGAUGCUGGUAUCAGGCCGACACAUAAAGCUUACAACAUAUUGCUUGAUGCUUUUGCUAUCUCGGGUAUGGUGGAGCAAGCUCAAAAUGUCUUUAAAAGCAUGAGGCGAGAUAGGUUUACCCCUGAUCUAUGCUCCUAUACAAGUAUGCUGUUAGCAUAUAUAAAUGCCUCUGACAUGGAUGGCGCUGAGAAAUUCUUCAAGAGACUGAGAGUAGAUGGACUUGAGCCCAACAUUAUUACUUAUGGGACAUUAUUGAAAGGGUACGCGAAAGUAAAUAAUCUUGAGAAGAUGAUGGAAACAUAUGAAGGCAUGGUAACUUGUGGGAUCAAAGCAAAUCAAACAAUUUUCACCACAAUAAUGGACGCGUCUGGCAAGAAUAAAGAUUUCGCAAGUGCUGUGUUUUGGUUUAAGGAGAUGGACAAUCGUGGGUGUCCUCCUGAUCAAAAGGCAAAGAAUAUACUCCUGUCAUUAGCUAAAACAGAAGAAGAACAAGAGGAAGCUAAUGAACUUGUCGGUGGAGGUAAUACAAGUUCUCUGAUCUCUCAGUACAAUAGUGAUGAUGAUGAUACAGAUGAAGCCUAUUUUUCCGAUGAUGAAACGGAUGUGAAUGUUACCUCAGAAUCUUAUGAAGAAGAAGUACAGGAUGAAUUGAUGGCUAACAAUAGUUCAUAACACUAAUUAAGGCAUGUUGAUUCUGAAGUUCUUAUACCACAGAUCCCAUCCGUUCCUGACACAUAAAUCGAAGUCAACGAUUUUGCUUGUAUAUUUCAAUCCAUAGUUUGUUUAGAUUGGCUUGUAUUCAGAUAGUAAAAGAUGUGUUACAUAUAGCAAUAUAAUUAGAGGUCUCAUUUCAAA